AUGUUGGCGUUUUGCCUGCUGAGUGCCGUGUGGCUCGCGGCGAGCCCAGCCCGCGCUCAGAACGAGACGGAACCAAUCGUCCUGGAGGGGAAGUGCCUAGUGGUGUGCGACUCCAACCCGACCGCGGACCCCACAGGCACGGCGCUCGGGAUCUCGGUGCGCUCGGGCAGCGCCAAGGUAGCGUUCUCCGCAGUCCGGAACACUAACCAUGAGCCAUCUGAGAUGAGCAACCGGACUAUGGUCAUCUACUUCGACCGGGUUCUAGUUAACGUUGGGAAGAACUUUGACGAGGAGAGAAGUAAUUUCAUCGCGCCGCGCAAAGGGAUUUACAGUUUUAACUUCCACGUAGUGAAGGUCUACAACCGCCAAACUAUACAGGUGAGCCUGAUGCACAACGGCUGGCCGGUGAUUUCGGCUUUUGCCGGCGACCAGGAUGUGACGCGCGAGGCGGCCAGUAAUGGUGUUCUGAUACAGAUGGAGAAGGGAGACCGGGCCUACCUCAAACUGGAGAGAGGAAACCUAAUGGGAGGAUGGAAAUACUCCACCUUCUCCGGCUUCCUGGUGUUCCCCAUGUAGAGGAAGAGCGGGAGGAAGAGGAGGAGAAGGAGGAGGAGGAGCAGG